GUGGUGACGCCAUAAGUGAGCGCCUACAACUCUGCGCCGCGGCGCUGUAGAACUGUGCGGCCGUGGUUACCGCGAGCAGGCCAGACCGCUCCUAACUGCCUGCUCUUCCCUCCGCGCUGGCGUCGGCGAGGCCGCAGUCCCGGCUCCUGCGGAGCCUAGGCCUGCGGCGGAGUAGAUGCCAGGAGUGAGGGGCUCAGCCGGACCUCUGCGACGCAGGCUCGGGGAAAGCUGGCGCCUGCGGCCGCCGCUCCCGAAACCCGGGGCGGUUUAGCGAGGGACAGUGCAGGUCAAGGCCUCGGCGCCUUUCGCCUUGCAAAUCGAGGGCUUCUAUGUGACCGGAUUGUUCAGCCUCGGUUCCUUCCCAACGCUCAUGGGACCCUUUCUCGGGGGACAUUACUGUGCUGGAAAGCGGCUUUUUCCUCUUGUCUUUGCUACGUGGUACCCCUUCUGUACGGCCAUCCUUUUUCGGCACAAACAGUGUGGAGAAGAUGAGUUUGGGACUUAGAAACAGCAGAGUUGAAAUCUUAGCCUACUAAUUGGUACUAGUAUUUUUAAUUCUUGACUGUAAAGUGAAGAGUUUUCUUAUACGUACAUAAAAUAGUUGGCAGAAUUUUAUGAUAUGAUUUGGGGAUCUGGUUAAAGUACGUUAAAGAGAUCAAGGAUAUUUGACGAUAAGUUCUUAAUUAUGGCUUUUUGCUUCUCCAAAAUAUAUAAGCUUGAUGUGGAGAAGGGGUUCCUCACCAGGAUUUUAACUGUCUGUGCUUUGGAUGGGCAGCUUUAGGAAGAAAUCAGACGCUCCUAGUCACCCAGAUGCCUCAUACUUAUUGAUAAAAUAUAAUCAGUGAGGAAUGAUUUAAACCACUUUGCUCUUUACACAUGCCCAGAAAGCCAUUCUUGGGAGACAAGCUGGGAGGAGUUUCAUUUACACCACGGCUUAUUUUAGAAGGAAUUCUCUGUGCUUAUUUUUGAGACCUCUCUCUGCUUCUAACACAUUUCACAUUCAUUGAAAGUACACAGAAACGCUGGGCAGGGAGUGCACCUGUAAUCCCAGCAUUUGGGUGAUCUCCUCCCUAUUGGUCUUUCAUGCACCUAGUCAUCCAGGUGUCUCGUGUUUAUUGAUAAAACUCAAUGAAGGACGAUUUGAGUCAGUUUUGCUCUGUACUCAAGAUAGACAAAGAAAAACGAAAACGUGCAGAGAGAAAAUGCAGGAGCUGGAAUUCUUUAACUGGAUAUUAUAGUUCUAAUUUGAGCAGUUACUUUUCUCUGUAAUGGAGAGUGAAUAUUUACCACUCUGCAGUGUAAUUGACCCCGAGGUAAAGAAGUGUGGGUCCAGUAGCAGCCAGAGGGAGAUGCAGUGACUUAAAUAGAACCUGCUCUUCUGGGCUGAAGAAGGGUGUGCUCUGCCUCUGUGAGGCGUGAUGAUGGCUGCAGAGCAGCAUGUAGUUAAGUGCAAUCUUUAAUAUGUUUAACAAAGAAUUGUCCAAUUUAUGUAUAUCACUUUCUGGGUCACCUAAUCCAUAUCCCCUGAGACCUGACUGGCAUUAGAAUCAAUUGGGUAAUCAAAAUAAAACAGGUUGGUGCAGUGACUAGAGCUCUAGCUACUUAAGAGUGCUUGAAGCUAGCGAGGCCCCAAGUCAAAGAAAGCAGAACCCCAAAUGCCUGGACUCUGCGUCAGUGUCUGCUUGAAUCAAAGCUUCAAGCUUUACAGUGUUUUGAGCCCAGAAAGUAGGCGGAAGUAGCGGUGGCCCAUUCAGGUGUACACAUGGGGACCGCUUGUGGAAGCUGAACGAGGAAGGUCACUGGAAGCCCACACUGCAGCUUACUUCUGCCCACAGCUGCAUGGCGUGCCAGGCCAUCUUAGUGGAUUUGCUCCAAAAGUGAAGCUUUGCUUAUUUGCCAAGCUACAUCCAGAUCUCAUUAUGCAUCAGAAAAAUGAAAAAACAGAGGAAAAGUCUAUGGAGGAAAGGAAUUCACUUUGCCUUUUCUGAGAAAUGGAAUACAGGGUUUGUAGGCUUUAAGAAAUUCUAUUUUCACCAACACUUGUGCAUUCUGAAAACUAAGUUAGGAAGGCCAGUCACUUGGAACAGACAGCUGGGGUAUUUGCAGUGUAGAAAGAAGUCUCUUGAAAUUCAGAAAACAUGGAUCCACGAUGAAGCCCUUUGUGCCAAGAGCAAGCUCAUUGUGGCUACUCCAAAUGCUAGCACUGUAUCCUCUAAAGUGGAAAGAGAGCACUUCAUUUCUUCCUCAAGGGGCCUCCUGAGACUCCAUGCAGAGAAGUUGCCGUCCUCAGCAAGGAACUUGGACCGUGAAUCCUGUGGAGAGAAGAAUCUCUUGAAGGCAGUUGCUGGUUUGCCAGCAAAUAGUGUUGUAGGUCAGGCCAGCGGUUGCAGACCUAGGACAGCAUCACAUGACUUUCCCAUGACGUUCAGUGGGGAGAGGCAGGGUCCAGGGGAGAGUGGCAAGACUGUGGUCACUUUGAGCAACCAUAAAAGAAAACGCUUUUGUUAUGGCUGCUACCAAGGGCUGGAGCGCCACAGGAGUGGGGGACUCCUGAUUCCAAGGAAGGUCCAACUUAACCAACAGCGAAGGGUAAAAGUGUCUCCUCUUAUGAUGUAUGAGAAAUUAUCCAUGAUAAGAUUUCAGUAUAGGAUUCUCAGAUCCCAGCACUUCAGAACAAAAAGCAAAGUCUGUAAGCUAAGAAAAGCCCAGCGAAGCUGGGUACAGAAGGUCACUGGAGACGAUCAAGAGACCCUUAGGGAUAACGUGGAGGGUGGCAGUUGCAGCCCAUUCCUUUCCACAGAACCUAGAGACUCUGCUUGCCGGCGUCAGCUGCACGCUCCAGAUAUGGACAGCGAUGUGCUGGCGAAGGGAAAGAACUCUUUCAUGUCCGAAGACCGCACUAAAGGGAGCCUUUGUGUGGGCAAGGAGCCCCUUGUAGACGACACAUUCCCAGACCAGCAGAAUGGCGGUGCCACCGAUGCCUGGGACCAGAUGCCUUGUUCCGCUCGGUGGGAGUGUGCAGAGCUGACUGGUGAGCGCCCUUUGUCAGAGCAUCAUCUGGGUAACAUGUUCCCCUCGGAAACUGAGGGAGACGCCAUGGCUCUGAGUCGGGAGAAUGGGAUGGGCGCCCUGGGUGACAACAAGGUAGAGCUGGCGGCAUCUGGAGCCGAGGAAGCCAGGAGUGGUGUGGAUGGGCUUGUGUCCCACCAGACUGCGGAGCUUGAGAGCUGCCAGAUGGAGGAGGAGGGGGUGCUCAAACAGAACAUCCUCAGCUCCAAGCUGCUGGACCACCCGUACUGUAAGAAUCCGCUCGAAGCACCCCUGGCAUGCAGUGAACUCAAGCUAGAGAGUCCUUUGCGAGGUGGCAAGAAUAGUCAGAAGGCGUCACCUGUGGAUGACGAGCAGCUGUCCAUCUGCCUUUCUGGAUUCCUAGAUGAGGUUAUGAAAAAGUAUGGCAGUUUGGUCCCACUCAGUGAAAAAGAUGUCCUUGCAAGAUUAAAAGAUGUCUUUAAUGAAGACUUUUCUAAUAGAAAACCAUUUAUUAAUAGGGAAAUAACAAACUAUCGGGCCAGACAUCAAAAAUGCAACUUUCGCAUCUUCUACAAUAAGCACAUGCUGGAUAUGGAUGAUCUGGCCACCCUGGAUGGUCAGAACUGGCUGAAUGACCAGGUCAUUAAUAUGUAUGGCGAGCUGAUAAUGGAUGCAGUCCCAGAUAAAGUUCACUUCUUCAACAGCUUUUUUCACAGACAGCUGGUAACCAAAGGAUAUAAUGGAGUUAAGAGAUGGACUAAAAAGGUGGAUUUGUUUAAAAAGAGUCUUCUAUUGAUUCCUAUUCAUCUGGAAGUCCACUGGUCUCUCAUUACAGUGACUCUCUCUAAUCGAAUUAUUUCAUUUUAUGAUUCACAAGGCAUUCAUUUUAAGUUUUGUGUAGAGAAUAUAAGAAAGUAUUUGCUGACUGAAGCCAGAGAAAAAAACAGACCUGAAUUUCUUCAGGGUUGGCAGACUGCUGUUACGAAGUGUAUUCCACAACAGAAAAAUGACAGUGACUGUGGAGUCUUUGUGCUCCAGUACUGCAAGUGCCUCGCCUUGGAGCAGCCUUUCCAGUUUUCGCAAGAAGACAUGCCACGUGUGCGCAAGCGGAUCUACAAGGAGCUAUGUGAGUGCCGGCUCCUGGACUGAAGUUGGGGAGGACUCGCAAAGCCUGACCAAGUUGGAGCAGAUGGUUUGUUACUUGAAUCUCCACUUAUUUGGAUUUUUACAGAUAUUUCAGAUCAGUGGUAUUGGGCCACGAUUGUUACCUCAAAUUUAUUUUUGCCCUUAUUCAUUUCUCCAGCUACCACGUACUUUUUUGAUGUUUAUUUUGGUUUCAUUUUUAAUUUUGUGGAUUACGCGUGUCCCUCCCAUAUUUAAUAUUUAUUAUCCAAACGCAUGCAUAGAGACAAAGCAUGCAGUGAAGAGUAUUAAAAGCCUAGUAGAUUUGGUGCAACUUUUGAAACUUAGUUAGAUGUGAACUGAAUACAGGUUAACUUUUAAUUCCAGAACCUAAAGAUGCAAGAUGUUUUUGAUACAGCAUAACUCAGAAUAGUAGGUGCUUCUUGGGGCAUAAAGGGUAGUGAGGAGUGGACCGUAGAGCCAGUCCUGUUUACUUUGCCAGCAGCACCUCUGGCUGGCUUCCCUCUUGAGGGCAUAGAGGUAGCUGUGAACAGGUGGCCAUCUACUCCUGGAGGCUCAUGGCAGUGCACGGCACCUACUUUGGGGAGAGCCAGAGUCUGUGCCAGUUGUCCUAACAAAUGAGAUUUUAUCUUGGUCUUAGGAAUUACAGUCUGCAGCCUACAUUGAAUUCCCUGUAUUUCAGUUUUGUUUUUGACUUGUGAAAAAAUUCAGUAUCCAUCACACUAGUGGUCAAACAAAUGAGAAGUGAUUUUCAAAUUGUCAUUUCCCUUAUGUGGCCUUCUAUGUGAAAAAAAUUAAAAUUCACUAGCUACAUUUCUAUCUCUGAAAUACAAAAUUCAAAUUGUAGUCUGACCAAGUCUUUUGUAAGUGGGCAGAGAGAGAAAGAGAGGUAUGGACAGUUUGGUUCCCUGGGAGAUAUCUUAGCAGGGUCUCUCCUCUCUGGUUACCUCGGUGAUGUGCAGGGCUUGUAUGGCUUCUGCCACACUCUAGCACAGGAGUUGCUUUUUCCUAUCUGAUGAAAUUUGUCUUCUGGGACAGGCCAAAGUAGGCCCUUCCUUAUACUUAGCUGCAUUAGGAUGAAAGCAAUGGAUCUACAUCUGCAAUCUGGCCUUUUGUGACUUUUUUAAAAAGAUGAUCUUGCUAUAUAGUACAGGCUGGCCUUGAACUUGUGGCAGUCCUCCUGCCUCCGGGGUGCUGGGAUUACAGAUGUACACCACACAUCUGAAAGGAAAUAAGGAAAGUUUCAUAUUAAUUUUACCCAGUUAUCUUUUCUGAUCUGGGGGAGAAUGUAAGAAACCAAGAGGCUAUUUCAGAAAAAACCAAGCAAAUGGCAGAAGACAUUUGAACUUCUGCUGGGUAAGUUUGGGGUGCUGAGAAAACAAAAAGUGUAACUUGACCAUGGGUCUGGCAAGAAAGGCUGUCUGCUGCCAACUGAGAGCUGAGUCAGACCGGGUUUAUAUGUGGGUUCUCAACACCAGCAUACAGCCCAGCCCCUCUGCUCCCAAGUCCUAUAGACUCAGACUCCUUAGCAGGAGACCAGGUCAGUAUCUCUUACUGUGUGUCAGGUCAUUAAAAGCCUAGAAACAGAGGCAUUUUUUGCUGCUACAGGUAAGGUUGUGUGUCCCUGUUAGGAAAGAUGACAAGUCAGAAUGGCGAAGAUGUCUUAAAAGUUUUCAGGCAUAAUUAUGCAAAUAUGAUUGUUCAAAAUUUGUAUGUGAGAUAUUUGCCUUUUUGUAGUACCUGUAUCCAAGUAGCCUGUAGUGAGGCUAUUGAUUCAAAAUGUCUUUUGCUUUGGAGAAGAGGGGAAGUAUGUACCACUUCCUGGGACAGACCUGUGAUGCAGAAGACAGGAAGGAUUGUUUCUGCAGCAGUCUUUUUUUUUUGGUGGUAGUGGUGAUUGAACCCAGGGCUCCAAGAGCAAGGCAGGUGCUCCACCAUUGGAAUAUGUUUCCUGCCGACCUGAAACACCCCGAUGCCCAGAGCUUGGGUUGCUGCCUUUUAACCUGAGGACGGGGUCUUACCCAGCACUGAGGUUUUAAGAGACCUGCCAUGAGCUGUCCAAGUCCAGCUACUCACAUGCAAUGUAAUGGGGUGCUUUGGGGUGUAGCACCCAGCAUGGUUAGUCUAAAUGGUGGCUGUUUUCUUGAAACCAGUUCUGUCAUUCAUAGUUGCUUUUCCCUGUUUCCUUGUGAUUAGGCAGAAACCUUUGUUUAGCUCAAGUUCUAGAUUAGAAAGUCUUAUCUCGAUGUUUGCAGCAAUUGCUUCCUUGUAACAGAGGCAUUUUUGAAAUACACUCUAGGCAUUCGGUGAGAGAGAAGUGAAGCUCUGCUUUCCCGGCAUAGUUUGGCCCUCAGUGAAGAGCAGGUGCGCUCACAGGAAGCAGACAGGGUCUUAGGGCCGAGCAGGCCACGCUCAGUGAAAAGCUGUUCCGACAAACCUUCAGGAUGCCCAGGCCUCUCCCUGGCAGGCGUAGCAAGCUGCACCUGCUAUGCCCAGUGGUCUUUCCUUUUGUUAAAUUGGUAGCAGUGAAUGUAGAUUAUCAACUUUUAGUUUUCUUAGUCAUAGAGAAUCAACUUUCAGUUAUCUUCUGUAAGGAAGGGAGAAGAAGCAGCUGCUGCCAUAAUCCCACAUAUUCAGCUUGGCAUUGUAUUUUCUACUUAGUAGGAGUAGGAGUAACAUGGUUGUUUUGAAUUUAUAGUUCGAACAAAGUAACAGAACUAACUGGGACACGGCCAGCACUUGCCUAAUCUGAGGUGCCCUUCUGUACAGUUGAGGUUCACUGCUUCCCUGGGUGAGGAGUGAUGGGAGCGUCUGGGUGGGUCAUGACCCUUCAGGUGAGAAACAAUGAGUUAAUAGUAUAAAUGACAAAAACCAGUUACCUGCUCUGUGUAAUGAAAUCAAAUUACUCAGCUGUCAUAAAGCACAUACUUAGUUAUGUGCUGGGCACUGCCUCCUGGCCUGUAAAUAAGACCUAGGGAAUACCAUUGAGAAGUGCUAAUUGUAUUUGGGUGUUACAAAAACAGACCUAGACAAGUUGUUUACUUAAAUGGUACUUGUUGGUCAGAAAAAGAAUUUAUUUAAAGAUUAUGAUCAUGUAAAAUUACAGUACUCAACUCUCCUAGCAAAGUAUUUUUUUGAAGAAUAAACUAAAUGCCUUUAUAAA